AUGGGGGAAAGCAUUACCACAUUGGCGGUCGCAGACCACGCAAAGGAGAUAGAGGCGAUGACCCCUGAGUUUAUCAAGAUCGGGGGACUGGCGGCCGUCCAAUUCUUCCUGGCCUUCGGUUGGCAAAGUUGUUUGGCCUGGGCCGCCGCCAAGCAAGCCCUCCGCUGGCACCGCAGGUUCGUGCAAGUGUUACUUUCCUUAGACGUUUCCUGGUACGAUGAGCACGACUCGGCGGGAGUCGCAUCCAAGCUGGAGAGCGAUUCCUCGAAUGUUUACCUUUUUAUGUCGUCAGCCCUGGGGUUCCUGAUUUCGAACUUGGCCCAGUUCGUGGCUGGCCUGCUGUUGGCACUCUAUGAAGGCUGGCAGCUGGCCUUGGUUGUCUGCGCCGCAAUGCCCAUCUUGAUGUGGGCCGGCCAUCGCAUGGGAAAGGAGAUCGAGCACUACACAGAGGUGCAGCAGAUCAACUUUGCACGGGCCUCUGCAGUAGCAGAGGAGGCGCUCAUGGCCAUCCGCAGCGUCGCGUCAUUUGGUGGCGAGGCGCUGGAGGUCGCUCGCUUCGAAAAGGAACUGAUACCGGCCAAGAUUGGUGGCAUCCGCUCUGGCACGAAGAUAGGUGCUGCGUGGGGUAUUCUCAAUGUCUUCUACCCAUGCUUGUACUCGCUGGCGCUUUGGUUUGGUGGCCAUGUCCUUAUGUCUGAGGAGAAUGCCGGCUUCGAGCCCGCACGCAUCAUCACGGUCAUGCUUUCCGUUAUGGUCGGCGUUUCAGCCCUGAGCGAGUUUAGUGGCUUUGUUCCUGUGAUGGCGAGAGCGGCUGUUUCUGCAAAAGCAAUGAAGCAGGUCAUUUGCCGUGAGGCGGGUGAUGCCGGUGCCAUCGAGGCCUGGCGCUUCCUGCCAGGAGAGCUUCCUGCGAACCUGACCGAGGUGGACAUCAUCGAAUUUCGAAAGGUUAGCUUCAGGUAUCCGGCAAGGCUUGACAAGUGGGCUCUUCGCAGCUUCAGCUUUCGUGCAGAGAAGGGUCAGAAGGUUGCACUUGUUGGGGAGAGUGGCUGUGGCAAGAGUACCACCAUCCAGCUCCUUGAGCGAUUCUAUGAUCCGACUGCCGGUGAGGUGCUGGUGAACGAAACUUCCCUGAGUCGGGUACCGACCCAGGUCUGGCGACAGCUGGUUGGCUACGUUGGCCAGGAACCCGUGCUUUUCGCCACGAGCAUCAUGAGAAACCUGAAGGCCUUGGACAAUUCCGUUCCCGAUGAGCAGGUGAUUCAAGCAGCUAAGGUGGCGCAAAUCUAUGACACCGUGAUGCAGCUCCCUGACGGCAUGGACACGCAUGUUGGCACAGGCGGUGGGCUGCUGUCUGGAGGACAGCGGCAACGCAUUGCCAUCGCACGUGCCCUGGCAAAGAAUCCGCAGGUCUUGCUCUUAGACGAGGCAACCUCGGCUUUGGACAACGAGUCCGAGCGCAUGGUGCAGGCAACACUCGAUUCUGCUAAUGCCACCAUGGGACGCAACAUUACCACAAUAUCUGUGGCCCACAGGUUGUCAACCAUCAAAGAUUCGGACAUCAUCUACGUGCUCAAGGAUGGAUACUGCUGCGAGCAGGGCAACCACGAGCAGCUGAUGGCAAAGAAGGGCCAGUACCACAACAUGGUUACAUUGCAACAGGCCAGAAGUGAGGAAACGAAGCACCAGCAAGAGGAACAAAGCGAUGAGGACCAUGCCAUUGAGGAAGAGGAUGAGCACGGCAAGUUGGUCACUGCAGCAUCCUUUGCUAGCAGCCUUGGCCGCGAGAUGCAGCAGACGAAGUGUGCAGACGGUGCAACAGCAGAUGCCGGCAGUCCCGCAGUGUUUUGCCGCCUUCUGCGCAUGAUGGGUCGCUACUGGUGGAUCUGGCCGGUGAGUGUCGUCAUCAUCCUGGCGGGAGCAGCGAGCAUGCCGCUGGAAGCUGUCUUCUUCAAUGCGGCGGUGGUGUCCCUGUCUCAAGCCGCUCUGGGCGACUUCGAGGCAAUGUAUGAAAAGCUGGACACUGCCAUCGUUGGCCUUUCAAUCGUCGGUUUGGGCUCGGGAACCGCGGUGUUCGCACAGAACUACCUUUUUGCAUACAAGCAGGAAAGCUUGUGCAUGAUCCUGCGCAAGGCAGCCUUUGCCAGGACCGUCUGCAUGGACAUGUCCUUCUUCGAUGCCCCGGAGAACCAGACAGGGAGCAUCUUGGUGUCCCUCCAGAUGCACAUGAAUCGGGUGGGACAGAUGCUGGGCAUUCAGCUUGGGAAUUCAGCUGCGGCCCUUUUCACGUGUAUCCUCAGCUUUGGCUUCAGUUUCUUCGGCUGCUGGGAGCUGUCCUUGCUCCUCUUCGGCCUGAUGCCUCUUUGCGGCCUCCUGGGCCUCACGGUGGCCGCCUAUGUCGCCCGAAUGGAUCCUGAGAGGAUCGAGGCUUACGGCAAGGCUGGCAAGGUCACGUCAGAGGCCGUGACCUCCAUUCGCACUGUGAAAGCCAUCGGAGCAGAAGAACACAUCAUGGAAGUCAUAGACGAGUCCCUGAAUAAGCUGACAGAACUCAACACUGCGAGGUCUUGGAGGCUGGGUCUGUCCCUGGGCCUGAACUUGGCUCUCGUGCAGCUGAUCUUCCUGGCUGGCUUUUCGAUGAGUGCUGUCUGCAUUCAGUACUGGGGUUUCGAUGCUGGCCAAGUGCUGAUGUCUCUUUUUUGUGUGGUGUUUGGUGUGAUGUCGAUCACCUCCAUUGUGCAGCACAUUCCAGAUGCUGCAUCUGGCCGAUUUGCAGCUAUGGAGGUUUUCCGUCUUGUCGAUCAAGUCUCCAAGAUCGAUGCCACGCAACCCACAGGACGUAUCGAAGACCUUGGGGAUGGGUCCAUUGAGUUCAAGGAUGUGCGCUUCUGGUAUCCGCACCGUGCCGAGGUCCGGGUACUGAAGAAUGUCAGCUUCACCAUCGCGAAGGGCCAGUCUGUUGCUUUCGUGGGCUCUUCGGGGAGCGGUAAAUCCACGAUCAUUCAGCUGCUGCAGCGCUUCUAUGACCCUCCAAGGGGCUCCAUUCGCAUCGGAGGCACUGAGCUGAAGGAGCUGAAUGUGGCUUGGUGGCGUCGCCAGGUCGGCAUGGUUAGCCAGGAUCCUGUACUCUUCGACAUGUCCCUGGAAGAGAACGUCAAAUACGGCUACCCCGAGGCCACAGCUGGUGAGUUACUCGCAGCAGCGGAGGCGGCGCACAUGGACUACGCUUUAUCUGGUGCAGUGAAGUGGAGUGAGCGAAUGGGCCUUCGUGGUGAAAAGCUGUCCGGUGGACAAAAGCAGCGCUGUGCGUUGGCGAGGGCCUUGAUCCGGAAGCCCGAGGUCAUGCUCCUGGAUGAGGCGACAUCGGCUUUGGACUCCGUGUCUGAACAGGUCGUACAAAGGGCCAUGCAGGAGGCAAGGUUGGGCAGGACCACCAUCACGGUGGCACACCGACUUUCCACGAUUCGGAAUUCAGACAACAUUUUUGUGAUAUCCAACGGCCGGCUCGUCGAAUCGGGCACUUACGAUGAGCUCAUCGAACGCGAUGGCAACUUAGCCAAGCUGGCUGCUGGAAGCCUAUGA